AUGUCUGUUGAUACGAUAGAAGAUCGUCGCGGUCCUCAGUUGCUGCGACAUUUCAUGGAACUUGUUCGCAAUCAAAAUUCCUACUACAUGAAUCGAGUGAAAGUAAAUGAGGAUUUCCGGCAAGAUAUGGCCAAGUUGGAAGAACGAAUGAUGACACGAAAUGCAAAUCGAUGUGCCCAACGGAAUACACUUUGGGAUUUAAAAGGCCAGUUGGAAGCAAAUGAUGAGUUUACACGCUGCGCCUCAGGACGUCGAUCGUCAGGACGUGAUUCAGUGAAUCUCGGUAGUCGUCUGUCGGGUGUCAAUUUAGGCAAUGUCAAUAAUGCACUUUUAAUGGAUAAUGAUCCGUUAAAUGAAUUGGCUACAAGUACAGCUUUUUUCCCAGAUCUUGAUUUUACUCAGUCCGGUUAUUUAUAUAAGAAAAGUAAUAAGAAAUUGCAUAAACAGUGGCAGAAACGUCGUUGCCGCAUUGAAGAUGGGCACUUCUGGCUUUCGCAUUCUGAUGAAUCUGUACCACCAACAAAACUGAGCCUACUUGUGUCGGAUUGUAAACCGUCAGCCGAUGAUCCGAAAUCUUUCGAUUUAUAUUGUCGUGAGAGGACAUAUCAUUUGCAGGCUGAUUCAGAAACUGAUGCAAAAAGAUGGAUGCUGGCAUUAAAACGAGAAAUAACAAGAGUUAAGACCAAAAUGCUGUCCGCUGAAACACCGCAGGGAAGUGAAGGCGGUAGUAAUGGUACUAUUUCGGAAGUGUGCGAAAGAAAAAUGUGUGUUGCAAAAGUACGCCAGCUUCCUGGUAAUAACAUAUGUGCUGAUUGCUCAUCAAAAGAAGAUGUGCAGUGGUUAUCAAAUAUUGGUGCACUAGUGUGUAUUGCUUGUAGUGGUGUACAUCGUGAAUUAGGUGUUCAUGUAAGUAGGAUACAAUCGCUAAAUUUGGAUGUUAUAUCACCGCUGGAGUUUUUUGUUCCACUUUCAUCAGGUAAUGUUAUGAUCAAUCGUUUAUUCGAAUAUGAUGCAGCUAAAUGUGCAACAUGGAAACCAGUUCCGGGAUGUACAAGAUUUGAUCGUCAGCGUUUCAUCCAAAUGAAAUAUCGCGAUCGCGCUUUCGUACAGAAACUUGAUGAUCCUGAUGCAUUUCUAGCUGAAGCAUUUAAUAAUUGCGAUUUUGAGAACGCAUAUAGAGCAUUGCUCAGUCCAAAUUUAACGAAGAAGCCAUUUUUACGAAACGGAUCAUUUCAUCAAAUGGUUCUAUGCGGAACUUCCUUAUCGCUGCCUCUUGCGGAUUUGGUUAUACAGCUAAGAAUUGAGAUUUCUGAUAUGGAAGCGAUAAUGAUAGAUUGCAUCCACUCUGGGAAUGCCGAUAUGGUAGCCGUUUUAUUACGCUACCGCUCUUUAAGUUCCACCGUUCGUGGCAUACAUCUGAAUUCACUUAUUACAUGUUCUGAGAAAGCUCAACAAAAGAAAAUAACUGAAACGUUGCGGUCACUGAAGUUGGGUGAUAGUACGCAAGCGCAAAAUGUGACUAUUCCACCAAUUUUGUUUGUUUCUACACCAGAUUCAACAUCGUUGAGUCGAUCGUCAUCUUCCAUUUCUCCUUGUCCGCAUCUUCCAUCUGAAUCAACUAUUUCUCAGAAUUUCACAUCUAAACCAGUUAAUGUUCUCAUGCGAAAUGGUACCACUAUCUCGGUCCCACAAUCAUCUUCAUCUACAGAAGACACCAGAGUCAAUCUCUUAUCUAAGCAAAUUUUUGCUGAGAAUGAACCUGUUUAUUCUUCGGUUGAAGGAGAUACGGUCCAGGUCAUUGCUUCGGGAUGUCCUUCAUUAGACAUUUGUGUUCAUAAUAAUACACAACCGACCAGUCCCAUGAACUACAAUGGCGAAAGAGAUUUACUGGAAUUCGAAGUACCCCUCGGUACUUCGGCGCCAUCUAGUAUUGCCCCGCCAAUCAGAACCGCUAUUUCAAACCAUUACUCUGAGACAUUACCGACUUCUUCCACAUCACCGAUUUCGGCUCUCCCGAUGCAAAAGAAAGCAAAGUGUUAUGUUCGAUCAACUAGCGAAUACUCACAAACAAUGAAUCAUUCUGAAGAAUCCAGUAAUAGGUCGGGCACGAUUAGAUCUCUUCCUGGACAUCUUGUUCCACAAACCAGUUCCACUAAAGACGCAGUAGCGAUUGAAUACUUUGAAAUUUUGCUCCACGAAUAUAGUAAGGGUGAGUGCAAGCGAAGCUUUGGUAAUUGUACUGACAUUUUAGGUAGUGAUGGAGUAGUAGAAACAACAUUCCCGAUCGUUGCUUCGAUGAGUCGUAAUCCUCUUCGUUUGAAUACUCAGAUGCAGGAGAUGAAUAUAUAUGUAGUCGCUCCUGGAAAGGAAGAAAUAAUUAAUAAAGAGAAAUGUGUUGCAGAAACGCCGAAUGAAAGGGAAGGAUUACCUUACAUUUAUAAGAUUCAAGGUCAAAGACUAUUUGAGAAUUUCCUAUAUGUUUCAGAAUGUGUUAAAGCAACUUCAUCGGCUUUUGAUCAGGCACUUGCAAAUUUUACGUCGUAUGAUGAAUAUCCUCGCUCUUCUCCAAAUUCGUUAGCAGCGAAUGGUUUACAGAGGGAAAUGCCUCGAUAUAUAUCGAAAAACACGCGGUUAACACGACCGGCACCUGUACCACCAGCAUUAAUCGGUGUCAAACUAAAACCGCCGAUCCCGGCGCCAAGACGUUUUCCAUCCCUCACCAGAGGAAAUAAACAGAGAGAUAGUGCGCGACGCUGUCGAGCUUUAUAUGAUUGCAAAGCUGAUAAUUCUGAUGAGUUAUCAUUUCGUCAAGGUGACAUAAUAGUGAUUACGAAAGAAAAAAUUACUGGUGAAAAUGAUACCUGGAUGGAAGGAUAUUUAGAGAACAAUCCGUUGUGUAAAGGUGUAUUUCCGACAACAUUCGUCACAUUCCUUUCUUGA